GAGAUCCUUCCCUUCAUAUAAGAAGCCCUUAAUAUAGAAUGUUUCCCAGAGUAAGACAGGCAGAAUAGCUUCCCAGGAAAGAUGGCCAGCAGAAAAACCAAGAAGAAGGAAGGUGGUGCAAAACGUGCUCAAAGAGCUUCGUCUAAUGUCUUCUCCAACUUUGAACAGACACAGAUUCAGGAAUUUAAGGAAGCUUUCACACUAAUUGACCAGAACAGAGAUGGCUUCAUCGAUAAAGAAGAUUUAAAAGAUACCUAUGCGUCUUUAGGUAAAACAAACGUCAAAGAUGAUGAGUUGGAAUCCAUGCUUAAAGAAGCCACUGGCCCUAUUAAUUUUACAAUGUUUUUGAACCUGUUUGGGGAAAAGUUAAGUGGUACAGACACUGAAGAAACCAUAUUAAAUGCAUUUAAAAUGUUUGACCCAGAUGCUAAAGGAAACAUUAACAAGGAUUACAUAAAACGUUUAAUGAUGUCUCAAGGUGACAAGUUUAGUGCUGAAGAGAUAGAUCAGAUGUUCCAGUGUUCUCCUAUUGACGCUGCAGGAAACCUCGAUUACAAGGCUCUCUGCUAUACCAUCACACAUGGAGAUGAAAAAGAAUAGUCCACCUGUUUUCAAAAGUAUUUUCACCAGCUGUGUCUAUGAGUUAAUAAAAAGAACUCUUGUGCAUUAA